GGUGGAGGUGACGACGCUGGGCUUUCCCUGUGCUGUUCCUGGCCUGGGGCUGUUGGUGCUGCCCCCUGUGGGACAGUUCCAGGCGGAUCGAUCCCCUAGGUCUUGCCUCCCGUCGGCGGGGGCCCAGUGGCAUGAAGCCCGGACCAACAGGAGCGGCAUAGGAAGGGAACAGGCACCUCAGUGACGGUCUGCUGAAUGGUGUUGGUUUCCAAUGUACCUUCAAGCUGAACACUCCCUGCCACGCAUCGAUGCAUCACCGUUUGACAUAUCAUCUCCCGACAUCGAUACAGUACCACAUCCCUCGAGAAGGUAUCCGACAGACAACAACCCAACACCGUUAACCGCAUGCAAUCCCAACCCUAGGCUGGCCUAGGUCUCGUAAUAAGAACUUGAGCACUGCGCAAGCAGGCAAAUACCGACACUAUGGCGGAUGUCAUCAGCCCGGAGGCUCUAGGAGCAGGAGGAGGAGGAGGAGGAGGAGGAGACGCCCCGAAUGCGACAAACAAGUUCCAAAGUGCCAUUUCACAAUGGAGAAGUCUCGACUUCACUUCCUUAGUCUCGAAUCUGGACAACACGGCGUCAGAAAUUGUUACCUUCCAACGGGACUCGACCGUACAAAGAAAGGACCUCGCACAAAAGACCAAAGACUUUCGCAAGUUAGACGAUGCGACCAAGCUGGGAGAGAUCAAGGGGCUGCUUAAAGCCUACCAGGGCUUUAUCGACCUCCUGACGAACCACUCCAAGUCUGUCAACUCGGCCUUUCUCCACGCCUACACAUCCUUAUCCGAAGCGCCGGAUCCGUACCCGCUACUCGAGGCAUCGGUCGACUCGAUGCUUGUUUCGGAAGACACGCUACCGAAGCUCACCGAGGAGAACAGUCACUUGCAGAAAAACGUGGCCAAGCUCACAUCACAACUUGAAGAGACGGAAUCUCGACUUCAGAAAGAGUCCGACGCCAGGAGACAGCUAGAGGAGAAUUUGGAAUCCAAGGUCAGGGAGGUCGAGUCUUCGUGGAAUGCCGUGCUCGAGGAGAAGCAGGACAACUGGACGGCCAAGGAGAAGGCACUCGAGGAGAAGAUUGAGAACCAGGACCGUCUACUCAGCGAGCUCAAGGCUAGCUACGAAGUCAACCAGAGACUGGGCAAAUCUGAUGAUGCCGAGGAACAGACCGGUCACGUUACGAGCGCUGAGUUGGAGAUGGUCCAGUCCGACUUGGAGCGCACAAGUACGAGACUUGCCGAGGUGGAAGCCCGCAACGAACAGCUGCGCCUUGAGCUUGCGCAAUCAAAGUCGCAGGUUUCCGCACAGCCGGCUAUUUCUUUGGAGGACGACCCGGGAUAUCUGCGCGUGAGGUCGGAGAACUCGUCGCUGAUCCGCAAGCUGGACGCGGCGCGAGUGGACAAGGAAGCACUGAAGAGAGAGCUAGACGCCAAGCUCCGUGGGCUGGAGAGAGAGGUCGGCUUACUCAAGGAGGAACGGGACGCGCUGAAGGCCAAGGUUCAAAAGUGGUCAGACUAUGACGAUGUGAAGCAGGAGCUAGAAGUUCUCAAGAGCAUCGAGUUCGCAACAGGUGAUGACGACGACGCGGUACGAGCGGUUGCGGGCGAUAAUGCCGACGGAGACAACGAGGCGAGAGGAAAGGGGGAUACGCUCGAGCAGCUUCUCCUCGCGCGGAACAAAAAGCUCAAUGAUGAGCUGACCAUCCUGCGCGUCUCGCACCAGGACCUCCAAACUCGCCUUCAAGACUUGCAGGAAGAGCUAUCUCGGACGAAUGCCGAGCUUGAGAAGUCGCAAAACCUCAACGAGAAGCUUGAAGAUGAGCUCUCGACCAUCCAAGCUGAGGCGCCCAAUGCUUUUCCUUCGGGAGCAUCUGUCGCCCGCUAUGCCCCCUCGAUCGCACCCACACGGAAGUUGGGCGGUGGCAGGAUAUCCCCUACCUCUUCGAUCGUGAGUGGCUUCAACCCCCGCGGUGCCGAUCGGGACUCGCCCGAUUUUGCUGGCGGCGGAGCUGGUGGCAUUCUUCCCAUGAUCACCGCGCAGCGUGACCGGUUCAAGAAGCGCAAUGCUCAGCUCGAGCAAGAGCUGUCCGAGACCCACAAGACGGUGUCCCAACUCCGACAGGAAAUCGCUGCCCUCCAGCGGGAUAACCUGAAUCUCUACGAGAAGACGCGUUACGUGUCCAGCUAUAACCGCGCUGGAGGCGGCAUGGCGUCGGCCACCUCGACAGCCUCCUUCUCAUCCAACCCUAACCCAUCCGCCGUCUCCUUCGGCGCAACCAGCGGCAGCGACGGGAAUCACGGUGGCGGCGGCGUAGCGCUGGACCGAUACAGGAAGGCGUACGAGUCCAACAUUUCGCCCUUUGCGGCAUUCAGGGGCCGCGAAUCUGCUAGGGCAUACAAGCGGAUGAGUCUGCCGGAGAGGGCGGUGUACUCGAUCACGAGGAUGGUGUUGGCUACGAGGACGAGCAGAAACCUAUUUGCAGCGUACUGCGUGGCGCUACAUGUGCUGGUAUUCCUCUCACUGUAUUGGAUGGGCUCGGCGGAUGCAGAUCAGCAUGUUGUGACUGCGGCAGUCGGUGCCGUGGGUUCGGCGGCGGGAGGUGCAGGAAGGAGUAGUGGUGGGGAGUGGAGUGAGGAAGGGUUCAGUCAUCGGUAGGGCCGAUCGAAACACCAUCCGCCCGAGAAAAAUUGGCGGAAGGAAGAAUGAUGGGAUGACGUUGAGUAACUGCAUAUUGAAGCGGUAAACAUGAUUGCGACGUACCAGUGGGCGCCUGGAACGGAUAAUUCGGCGUUGCGCCUUAGCUUUCUUUCUUGGAUCGAUAAAAGAGAUUGCGCUCACAUGCUGGUCUCGUUUCGAAACAACCAUAUCAAUAUCAUGCAAGUACAUCAUGUAGGAACAAAAUGGAUGACUGGAGCGGUAGUGCCAUGGAAGGUGGUCGGAAUUCGGAUGUGACAAGAUGAAGAAGGAGGUCUUGGAGGGUCCUACGGGAAGGCCAAGAUCUGGGCUACCAUGCCGUGAGCGCCUGCGGUAAUACUAGGCCGAAGAAGUGAGCCUGACAUGCCUGGUUGGUGAGGGCUUCCUUCGGAUCCAUGUGGUGGCUUCGUUGUGGUCCAUGAAGAGUGCUCCCUCAUUGGGUUGAGUUUUGGUUGCCAGCGAAGGCUUCAACAAGAGGGUGGUUGCGAAGCGAGUCGAGUGGUCAGCUCGUUAGGAUAGAUAACUUGUACUAUUGUAUAAUACCUUCAGUUUUGGAAGAUCUCCAUGACCAAGCAGCGGUGAUCAGUCAAUUAAACAAGCAGAAAGUGCCAUCCCG